AGAUUCUAAUAUAUAUAUCAAAUUUAGAAAAAUUCCUUGUUUCAAAAUGACAGACACUUCUACAACUUCUUCUGUAGCAAAGCGGCAAAUUGAAUCAAAAAACGCUCAGCUUUUGAGACAAUUGAUUGAAAAGAAAAAUAAGAAACUCAAAAAGAAAGUCUAUUCAAAUGCCGAAGAACAAGAAAUUGAUUUAAUUAUUCAAAAAUCAUUUGAUUCAAUAAUUGGUAAAACUCCAUAUUCUCCAUUCAAAAUGUCUGAUUGGAUGAGCAAGAUGAUCCAAACAAUUUCGGAUAAUUUAGUGAAGCUCAAUGGAAGCAAAAAGUUUUUGGUUCAUUGUACUAUUUCUGCAAAAACCGAUAAUCUUGCAAUUUGCACGGCCAACAUGUGCUCCUGGGAUACUACGAAGGAUACUGCAUACUACUCGGAAUGGAUGUCUAAAACUAUCUUCGGUGCUGUCCAAGUCUUCUUCAUCACACAUCGUUUUUCGAAGUGA